AUGAACAACGCAGUUAGCAUGACGCAUAGCCCUGCAACAAAGUCGUCGAAGAACGAGAUCCCACAACUCAACAACCAUCAUUACAGCCAGCAAACACCAUUCCACAAAAUCAAGACACCAUCCACAUUCUACGAGAAGUCCCUUAUUCGAAAAUCAUUUACUACAAACUCUGGAGCAAAAGCCCUUGCCACAAACCAGAAUAAAAACAAGACAUCAAAUCAGCACCAUAGCAAACACCAUCACAAAAAUGGUAAACAUAAAUCACCCGAGAUGGAACUCGAAGAAAUUUCGAGAAAACUGGACAAAGUUCCUCGAAAAUACCAAAAUUUGGAAAUCAUCAACAUAAACCAGGGUGAACUCCAAAAGUCUUCAGAUAAUUUAGAUAAACUGGUAAAACAUCAACACGUUGAUGUCAGUCUGAUUCCCAGUGAACAGGAUUUUGAUCAGCUGUUUGUGAAUAAUAAUAAGACUGUUUUUGGAGAUGGGAAAAAUGAAUCGAACAGGAGAGAAAAAUUAAAGAAAAAUAUGUUUGUGAGUGAGAAUUGCACGGUGGUUUUGGCGCAAACUGGAUCCACGGCGCAAAUUCAUUGCGAGGUGAACGAUGUUGGAGAAAAUACUGUGACCUGGAUCCGUAGGCGAGAUUAUCACUUAUUAACCGUCGGCUUAACCACCUACAGCAGCGACGAGAGAUUCUUUGCGGCCUACGGCAAAAACGCUCAGGACGUUGCACUGCACGUACGUUUUGCUAGAGAAAGCGAUGCAGGAUUGUACGAAUGCCAAAUUUCAUCGCACCCGCCGACGAGUCUCUUCGCCGAACUGAAGUUAGUAGAGGCCGUGGCAGAUAUCGUGGGUGGACCUGAUAAAAUCGUGAAAGCCGGAUCACCCAUUCGCUUGACCUGUCACCUUCGUCAUUCUACUGAGACGCCGUUGUACGUAUUCUGGUACCACGGGGAGAGAAUGAUAAACUACGACUUGGGUGGCGGCGUCACCGUGAAGCACGGCAAGCAGUCCAGCGAGCUGGUCAUAGAGCAGGCCGACAAAUUUCACGCGGGAAAUUACACCUGCGUGCCUUCAAAUGCACGACCUGCCAGCGUCAACGUGCACAUACUACAAAGUGGCGGCGUCACCGUGAAGCACGGCAAGCAGUCCAGCGAGCUGGUGAUCGAGCAGGCCGACAAAUUUCACGCGGGAAAUUACACCUGCGUGCCUUCAAAUGCACGACCUGCCAGCGUCAACGUGCACAUACUACAAAGUGGCGGCGUCACCGUGAAGCACGGCAAGCAGUCCAGCGAGCUGGUCAUAGAGCAGGCCGACAAAUUUCACGCGGGAAAUUACACCUGCGUGCCUUCAAAUGCACGACCUGCCAGCGUCAACGUGCACAUACUACAAAACGAGAAGCCUGCAGCCAUGCAGCAUGGCGUCAGUAAAUCGUCAGCCGUCAUCGUCAGUCAGUCGGUCUUUACGUGUUGUGUAGUGAUAAUAUCUUCAAUAUUUCUAGUGAUAUCGAGCUGAUUAAAUUUAUCUAGUGUGUAAGUAAUAUUAUUUA